AUGUUGAGAUCCAGAAGUGCUGUUAGAUCAAGCUUGAAAGGUUUGCGUUUUUACUCGCACAAGGAAUUGAAAUUUGGUGUUGAGGGUAGAGCUGCAUUGUUGAGGGGUGUUGAGAUUCUUGCAGAUGCAGUCUCAUCAACUUUGGGCCCUAAAGGUAGAAAUGUUUUAAUUGAACAACCAUUUGGUGCACCAAAGAUCACCAAGGAUGGUGUUACUGUUGCAAAGGCAAUUACUUUAAAGGAUAACUUUGAGAACAUGGGUGCUAAAUUGUUGCAAGAAGUUGCUUCUAAGACAAAUGAAGCUGCAGGUGAUGGUACUACAUCUGCUACUGUUCUAGCUAGAGAAAUUUUCACUGAAUCUGUUAAGAAUGUCGCUGCUGGCUGUAACCCAAUGGAUCUCAGAAGAGGUACUCAAGCUGCUGUUGAGAAAGUGAUCGAGUUUUUGAGCAAGCAUAAGAAGGAAAUUACUACUUCUGCUGAAAUUGCUCAAGUUGCGACCAUCUCUGCUAAUGGUGACGCCCAUGUCGGUAAGUUGUUGGCAUCCGCUAUGGAGAAGGUUGGUAAGGAAGGUGUUAUUACAAUUAGGGAGGGUAAGACUAUGGAGGAUGAGUUAGAAGUUACUGAAGGUAUGAAGUUUGACCGCGGUUUUAUUUCUCCAUACUUCAUUACUGAUGCUAAGUCUAGUAAGGUGGAAUUUGAGAAGCCAUUGUUACUAUUGUCUGAGAAGAAGAUUUCCUCUAUCCAAGAUAUUAUUCCUGCUAUGGAAAUCUCCAACCAAACUAGAAGACCAUUGUUAAUAAUUGCUGAAGACGUUGAUGGUGAAGCUUUGGCUGCUUGUCUUUUGAACAAGUUGAGAGGUCAAGUUAGGGUUUGUGCUGUUAAGGCGCCAGGCUUUGGUGAUAACAGAAAGAACACCUUGGGUGACAUUGCCGUUUUGACAGGUGGUACUGUUUUCACUGAAGAGCUAGACUUGAAGCCUGAAAACGCUACUUUAGAACACCUAGGUUCUGCAGACUCCAUUACCGUUACAAAGGAAGACACUGUUAUUUUAAACGGUAACGGUAGCAAAGAAAACAUUCAUGCUAGAGUGGAACAAAUCAAGAACUCUAUUGAUAUGAAUACCACUGGUUCCUACGAAAAGGAAAAGUUGAGAGAACGUCUUGCUAAAUUAUCUGGUGGUGUUGCCGUGAUUAAGGUUGGUGGUUCUUCUGAAGUUGAAGUGGGUGAAAAGAAGGAUCGUUACGACGACUCUUUGAACGCUACCAGAGCCGCUGUUGAGGAGGGUAUUUUGCCAGGUGGUGGUACUGCACUAUUAAAAGCUUCAAGAGUUUUAGACGAAGUUAAGACUGAAAACUUCGACCAAAAACUUGGUGUCGAUAUUAUUAGAAAGGCUAUUACAAAGCCAGCAAAGCAAAUCAUCGAAAAUGCUGGUGAAGAAGGAUCUGUUAUUGUUGGUAAGAUCAUUGACGAUUUUGGUGAUGACUUUACAAAGGGUUACGAUGCUGCUAAGGGUGAGUACUCCAAUAUGUUGGCAGCUGGUAUCAUCGAUCCAUUUAAGGUUGUAAGAUGCGGUAUCGUCGAUGCAUCUGGUGUUGCCUCCCUAUUGGCCACAACUGAAGUCGCAAUUGUCUCAGCUCCAAAGCCAACAAAUGCCGCUGAUUCUCCAGCAGGAAUGGCCGGCAUGCAAGGUAUGCCAGGUAUGAUGUAA